UUCUUUCCUUCCUUCCUUCCUUUCUAUACCAUAUAAUUUUAUUUCCUUGGGAAAAGAAGGAAGCUUUCUCUAAUUGCUUUUAUUAUGACGACAUUGGGGAGCAGGUUCAUGUGUGAGGGAAAGUCCCAUGGAAGAACACGCCUUCUGUGGACAUUCCCAGCUAGCUCACUAGCUCUAUAUAAGCAAGUAAGCUUGCUACAGUUGUCAGAUUAAAUUAGCUUGUCUUCCAGUGCACUUACAUGAUCCACAGGCCCCAACGGAUUAGUGCACAGAGUGGAAAAAUGAACCAACUGGGGAGCAAGAUCCUGAUGUUGGCACCUUUGAUUAUUGUGCUGUUGCUCUGCCACUUUGACAAGUCUCAAGCUAGCAGCUUUGAUUGCUGUCUUCAAUAUACAGAACGUCCUGUGCAUGUUAAAUUGAUCAAAAGUUAUGGAGAACAGUGGUCCUAUGAAGCCUGUGACAUUGAUGCCAUCAUUUUUUAUACCAGACGAUUCAUUGUGUGUGCUGAUCCAAAGGAAGGAUGGGUGAAACAGAACCUUAAAGUUUUAAGAGCCAGAAACAAGAAGAUGUCAAAGUCAAAUUGAAAUGGAACUGGCAAAAGACUGAAGAACCGAAGAACCUAAACUAGGUUGGAACUUCUACUUGCACAUCUGUGUGUGCUAACCAUCAAUCUAAUUUAGCUAUCAUUGGAUCUAUCCAAUCAGUGAAGUUGAUUCAUAUUGCAUCAUAGUUUUGCUUUUUUAAGCAUUUUAUAUAAGCCUGACAUUUUCUUUUAUGUUGUAUUUAUAGAUAGAGAAUUUAUGUGUUCAUUAAAUGUUUGUCAUUUAAAAUUUUUUACAACUUGGCCCUAAACUGUUUUCAGUCUGUGUUUUAGUCAAACUGCCGUUCUUAUUUUUCCUCACACACACUCCAGCUCCAAUCUGCACCUUUGUACAGGUUGUCCCUUAUGCCUAGAUGGCACCUUGUUCUUACUUCCACUAGAGGAAAUUGUAAAUUUCCUUCAAAGUUCUGCUCAAGUGCUACCUACCUUCUAGAUAAAGCUCUUCCUGAGCCCCUCAGAAAGUUCCUGUCUCCCCUCUUUCAAAAUGUAUUUAUUUUCAUAUACUUAUAUAUGUACAUGUUGUAUUCCUUGAUAUAAUGUAAGUCCCUUGAGGGCCAGGACUAUUUCCUAGCACUUAGCAUAGUAGCUGGCACAUAGUAGAUACUUAAUAAGUCUAUAGAGUAGUAAGCUAGUUUGUUAUUAUUAUUGCUGUUACCUGAUAUUCAGUUAUUUGAAGGAUUAAAGUACUACUAUUAUCUUUAA